UAAAAAUAAAACUUGGUCCUCGCUGUUUUUCUCGACAGUUUAGUUCCUUGUGAGACAGGGUACUGUUGCAACUAUAAGAGCGGUUAAACGUAUUGCAGUCUUGAUAGUUUGUCUUGGAUAUAGUAUAAGCAGCCACGAAAGCAUGGCAACGGAGAAGCAGAGUCCGUUCCUGUCCAGUGGACCGACCCGUCGGGACCGUCUCCCCGUGUUGGUCGGGCCGUUGGUCGGCGUCCUGGCCGCCCUGGUGUGCGGGAUCAGCGUGCUGACGGGGGUGGUGGUGGUGCACAACAUGCAGCAGGAGCUGACAGGUGUGAGGCGGGAGUUAUCAGUGCUGCAGACCGAGAAUACCGGACUGAGGGAGCGGCUGGUGGCGGUGGAGAACCUGCUGGAUGGUAAACUUGCUGGACAGGACUGGACUGUUGACGAAUCAGAGGAAGGUGUCGGCCAGGGUGCGGAAGUCGCCAGUACGAGUCUGGAUGACGUGGUGCGAGUCAAGAGACAGGCGAUCGGUUCUUCUGGACUGUUCGAUCGCUGCCCCCAAGGCCCCCCUGGGCGAGACGGACGAGAUGGACCCGCGGGACAGCCCGGGCGGGACGGGCAGCCCGGGACGGACGGACAGCCCGGGACGGUAGGACAGCCCGGGCGGGACGGACGGGACGGAGUUCAAGGCGUGGCUGGACCAAUAGGGCCUGUCGGUGUGCAGGGUCCACCUGGGGACAAGGGAGACACAGGGCCACCUGGAAGGGACAGAGCGCCUGGCGCAGGAGGAAGUGUGUACACCCGUUGGGGGAGGAAAACUUGUGCUGAUAACAGCGGAGCAGAGCUGGUGUACUCGGGUGUAGCAGGAGGCACAGCACAUAACCGGUCAGGCGGUGGGACCAACUACCAGUGUCUGCCCACCGACCCACAAUGGGGGAGGUACGAAGAUGGAGUCCAAGGUGCGGCUUACAUGUACGGCGCUGAGUACGAGUUGAACACAAACGUCCCGUUCGGCUCCACCUCCCUUCACGAUAACGACGUCCCGUGUGCGGUCUGCUACGUCCCAACCCGCGGCAGUAAGUUGAUGAUCCCCGCCCGUAAGACCUGCCCCACCGGCUGGACCCAGGAGUACCAUGGGUACCUCAUGGCUAGUUACCACAACCAUGCAGGUGCUAAAGAGUACGUCUGUGUGGAUGAACAGCCCGAGGCAUUGCCAGGCGGACAGGCCGACCAUAACGGUGCUCUAUUCUACCCCGUGGAAGCCCGCUGUGGGUCCCUGCCGUGUCCUAACUACGUGAACGGGAGAGAGCUCACCUGUGUCGUCUGCACCAAGUAGACCAUUAACGGAACAUUUUGUCAUUUCUAUCAUUUUCUGACACUGAACCACCCUGCUCUUCUCUUGUAAGAUAUUGUAAUAUCAUAUCAUGUGUUUUGAUGUGGCUGGGGUGUUUGGCGUUUGUUUUAAGCCUUUGAAAGUUAGCGUAACGAAGUCUGUGAUAUUGAUAGAAGGCAGCGUUAAUAUGAAAUGUUCUGUGAUUUUGCUUUGUGGUGCAUAUGUACGUUGCCUAAUAAGUAACUGCAUUUCUUGAGAAACUCAGUAAUGUGUGUGUGAUCUGAAUAUCAAUGACUUGUUUGUGAAGACUUAAAUGCGUCCAUUACUAAAUGAUGUUUGAUUCAUUUUUCAUCUCAUCACUGUCAUAUUCAAAUUCUUUGAAUUUAUGCUCAUAUGAAGGUUACCAACUUCAUUGUAAUGGAAUCACCCGACAACUUAGAGAAUAUCAAAUAGCAUUAGGAGUUGGUCGGGAUCAAUAAGAUGGUUAAAUCAAGUCUUUUCCCUCCAUAUUCUUAUUGUCUGUAUGUUGUAGCCAUACCUGACAUUGCCAUGACUCAAUGCGGAAAUUAUGAUUUCUUCUUCUAAAAGUCAAGGUCCUUCCACAUGUUGAUAUCGUUUAUUUUGUGAUGUGCUCAGUGGUUGACAACAUGAUCAGCUUCAACUUUUCGCUGUUUUGGUCUUCACAAUAAACAACCGCAAUUUGUGUGCGAGUAUCAAA